CUCCGCUCCGCUCCCCAGUCCGAGGGCCGCGCCGCCCGCUCCCGCCGCUCCGCCAGCCGCCCCGCGGCGCGCCAGCCCGGGGCCCUCGCCCCUAGGCCCGGCUCUGGCCUGACCCGGGACUCGCCCUGCCAGCCCCGCUCGGCCUCCCGGGAAGAUGCGGCUGCACCCGGAAUGGCUUCUCUUGCUCUUUGGCCCUUGGCUUCUAAGGAAGGAGGUCAGCGCCCAGGUACCAGAGUCCGGGAGGCCGCAGUACCUGGAGCUGCGUCCCGCCGCGGCCGGAGGGGGCACUCCCGGCCACCAGCUUCCAGCGCCGAAAUCUUCCCAAGGCCUGGGCACCACCGGCUCCUGGAGCUGGGCCUGGCCCUCUAACCACACGGGGGCUCUGUCCCGGGCGGGGGCGGCUGGGACGUUGCCCGCGCAGCGCGCCAAGAGAAAGCCGUCUAUCAAAGCGGCCCGCUCCAAAAAGAUCUUCGGCUGGGGGGAUUUCUACUUUCGGGUGCACACCCUCAAGUUCUCGCUGCUGGUGACGGGCAAGAUCGUGGAUCACGUGAACGGUACCUUCAGCGUGUACUUCCGCCACAACUCGUCCAGUCUGGGUAAUCUCAGCGUCAGUAUAGUGCCGCCCUCUAAGCGUGUGGAGUUCGGGGGCGUCUGGCUGCCGGGGCCCGCGCCCCACCCUCUGCAGUCUACGCUGGCUCUGGAAGGAGUGCUCCCUGGGCUGGCGCCCCCGCUGGGGAUUGCGGCCUCGGGUCCAGGGCUAGGGGGCACCCUCGGGGGCUCGCUGGCAGGCCCAUUCGGGGGCGCGCUGGGAGUGCCCGGGGCCAAAGAGUCGCGCGCUUUCAAUUGCCAUGUGGAGUAUGAGAAGACAAACCGCGCGCGCAAGCACCGCCCGUGCCUAUACGACCCGUCGCAGGUGUGCUUCACGGAGCACACGCAGAGCCAGGCCGCCUGGCUCUGUGCCAAGCCCUUCAAAGUCAUUUGCAUUUUCGUCUCCUUCCUCAGCUUUGAUUACAAACUGGUGCAGAAGGUGUGCCCAGACUAUAACUUUCAGAGCGAGCACCCCUACUUUGGAUAGUGCGCCCCGCCCUCUCCCGGGCCCAGAGCUUCCCACCAAAUCCCGGCCUUCCCAAGUACUCCUUCCCGUGCCCCGUAGCUCCUGCGGCCGCGUCCACCCCUCUGGAGGUGGAGACCAACUCUCUCGGGGACCAUCAGCCAUCAGCCAGCGUGGUUCCCUCUUCCUUAUGGCGAGUGCCCCCGAAGAGGCUGGGGAUAGCCCUGUCCGCUACAUGCCAAAGUGGAGAGGCAAGAGCACAGCCCUAGAAUAGGCGGAGCUUAGAGGCUGUCCCAGCGUGCCCUACGUCCCCACCGAGUCCCUUUUACUCCCUGGCGCUGGGCUGGACAUUCCCUUUGCCGCAGCUGUAAACUGACCUGGCUUUUCAUCCCACCCCUACUUUCUUACCCCCAGGCGCUUGCCCUCCUGCUCCACGCAGUCUCCAGGUAUAUAAACCACGGCCUAUCCCUAACCUUUCUGCCUGCGGUAUGCCUGUCUCCCUUUCCCCAAUCCCCAAUUGGGGUAGCGGAAGCAGAACACCUGGGCGUAGGCGAUCGCCUCCGGCCCCUGCCUCUACCCGCCUCCCUCCUGUCCCUACAGUCCUGUUGCGCCUGCCCCUUUCUUGCAUCCUCUCGGUGAUAUUUUUUCUACGCCAAAACAGACGCAAAAGGAAACAAAAUAAAGUGAAAUCCAAUA